AUGUCAAGCUCUAAGACUACAGAUCCCGAUGCCUCUCUCGUACCCACAAAGACCCAGGAUGUUCUCUCGACCAAAACCGCAGCAGAACUAAUUCAAGGAAAGCUGGAGAGUGAGAUCGAGACGCUUGACAUUCGUCAUUCGGCGUCAUGGAUCGAAGGGAAAGAACAAGCAAAAGGCACCUGCAACAUAGUAUCGCUCCAGUCACCACCAUGGACUACAAAUCUCCCUGCGAAGAGACCGUGGCAUGAGUACGGUCUCACACCCGGAGGCUUCCCACGGCACGGCCGACUCUCGCCUUGGCUCUACCUUUGCGAUCACACCUGCGAUCUGAGCUUGUGCGACAUCACCUUCCGGUUACCCUAUACUUGUCCGCUCGGUUCAGGCUGUCGCUGGAGACACGAGAUUCUCUGGGACGAGCUGAGCUUCCUUAUCACCAGCGGUCGCCUCACCCUCCGACGUGCUCGUGUCAUGCUCGCAAACUGGCAGUCAUCUGCGUCGUUGGAUGAUGAUGUUGACGCUUGGCACCGCAUGAACGCCAUAAUCGACCGUCUGCAGCAUCUCGAGGCGCCAGCUAUACUUAGAUACACAUAUCCGUAUCUGUUCCCCGUCCGCGACUCUCACGCUCUCUUUUCGAGACUGAGCGACUGA